AUGGCGGGCGUCGCCAAAGAGGCCGUUGUGCCCAUCGAGGCCGUGCUCCUGGGGCUUGCCAUCUCCCUAGUUCUCGCGCGUUUGUCUCUUCGUCUGAUCCUACAGCGCCAAAUGCUCACCAGUAGCGAUUGGAUGCUCGUUGUUUCGAUUCUUGACGCGAUCGCGCUGUUCUCAACCGAUGCCAUGGCUUAUAAAUUGGGCGGAAUGAACGAUUACGACCCCACAGCUCCAGAAGCUCCAGAGGACGAGCAGAUCAGGCUCAUGAAAGUUUCAUUUGCCGGUAACUACUUCUAUGAUACUGGGAUUUACUUCCCGAAGCUAGCCUUGCUUGCCUUCUACUUCAAGCUGGUUCCGCCGACGAUGCCUCUGCUGCGAAAAGUCCUUUACGGGACUAGUGGACUGACGCUGGCCUUCGCCAUGACCACUUGUUUCUUGGACACCUUCUGGUGCGGUCCUGAUGUUUCUGUAAACUGGGACUUGGAGGGCGCCUGCUCAACAUUCGACUCCAAGUCGGUUUUUCGCAUCGAUUGGGGAAUGAACUUGGUGUCGGAUUUGCUAAAGAUCGCGGCCGCCAUCAUUGUGGUAUCGCUGCCCGCGCUCAAGCCCCUUCUUCAUCGUCGUGGAUUAGCCACGUCGAAGUAUGGGACUGGCCAGACAGAAUCGGACGGACUGGCUUACAAGAAGCACCCAACAGCGACCAGUCAUAGCCAUUUCAAACUCUCUUCGGGGAGGGACCCAUAUGAGGCGACGACGCGAGUGGUUGCCGAGGACGAGUCGGGCAGCGAGGUGGAAUUGAACAAUCUGGAACGAUCGGAUGUAAUUUACAAAUCGGCUCGCGUGAGCGUAACAUACCAACGACGAGAGGAUUUCGACAAGAAGGCAAGCCCCUAG